AUGACCGUUAAUAGACCCCUGGUCGUCAACCACGGAUCUAUAGAGACCACCAUCUUAACCCCACAGGAAAAUUAUCUUUUCUAUCAGCAACUCACAUCUGGUUUUUACAAGUCCUUACCUGAGCCUACUGAUGGCUUUGCAGGUGACGAUGAGCCUUCCACCAAGGCCGAGUUGUUAAUGAAGUUCCUUGGUUAUGUAGUUGAGUCCAACAGCAUUGACUCCGAGAAGGAGGAUGCAGCAAAGUUGAUUCUUGGCGAGUUUGAGACCCGUUUCCUUCGUGGUCAAGACAUUCAUGCAUUUGUUGCCCAUGCAUUGGCUGAUGAUGAACAACCAACCUCUCUUGUCAAGGUGCAAAACAACUUGAUAAAGAACUAUUACUUGGCCAAAGUAUUUUUAGAUAGCUCUUUCGGCGUUCAAGUUAAGGCUGCUCCUAAAUCUGCUCUUUUCAACGCUGCAAUCAACUCGAAAGCUGACAUAUACGCAAUUUUUGGUGGACAAGGUAACACCGAGGACUAUUUUGAAGAAUUGAGAGAGAUUUACACCGUUUACCAUGGCCUCAUUGCCGAAUUUCUUGUCAAAGUUGAGAAUAAAGUUCAAUCACUGAUUUCUUCUACACCGGGAACCGAUAAGGUCUACACUCAUGGUUUUGAUCUUGUUAACUGGCUCGAAGAUCCUUCUGCCACACCCGGCUCGCAACUACUACUUUCUAUUCCAGUUUCUUGCCCCCUAAUCUGUGCCAUCCAGCUUUCCCACUAUAUUAUCACUUGUAAGGUGAUGGGGAUCCAUCCUGGAGAGCUACGUAGCAUUCUUAAAGGUGCGACUGGCCACUCUCAAGGUCUUGUUACAGCCCUUGCUAUUGCCUCUUCCGAUUCCUGGGAAUCCUUUGAAAUUCAGUCCAUGAAGGCCAUUGAGUUCCUCUUCUUCUUAGCUGUUAGAUGUACCCAAACAUAUCCUCCAACAUCUCUUGCCCCGUCUAUGGUCAAAGACUCCGAGGAGAACGGUGAAGGUGAACCUGGUCCAAUGCUUUCUAUCAGAGAUCUUACCAUAGACCAAGUCGAGAAGUUUGUUGCAGAUACCAACCGCCAUCUACCUGAGGCUAAACACAUCACUAUAUCUUUGGUUAAUGGUGCCCGAAAUCUUGUCGUCACUGGUCCUCCUGAAUCGUUGUACGGUCUAAACUUAAAUCUUCGUAAGGCUAAGGCUCCUUCUGGCUUGAACCAGGCCAGAAUUCCAUUUUCUCAGCGUAAGCUCAAGUUUUCUUCUCGUUUCUUGCCAAUCACCUCUCCCUUCCACUCAAAGUUGUUGAAUCCAGCGAACAAGAUGAUUUUGGACGAUUUUAAGAAGUCCGGACUUGCUUAUCCCCAGUCCGAUAUUGGUAUUCCGGUCUUUGAUACUUACAAUGGAACAGACUUACGUGAUCUAUCUGACGAUUCUGCUGCCGUCAGAGCUGUUAAUUUGAUUACUACUUUGCCCGUCUACUGGGUUGAGGCUACCGACUUUAAGGCAACUCACAUUGCCGACUUUGGCCCCGGUGGUGCAUCUGGUUUGGGUGUCUUGACUCACAGAAACAAAGAAGGUACUGGUGUUAGAGUUAUCGUCGCAGGCGCCAUUAGUGCUUCUGAUGACGACAGUGAAUUUGGUUUCAAGCAGGAACUUUUUGAUAUUCGUCCUUGCUCUUUGAAGUUUGCUCCUAAUUGGCUAGAGAAUUACAAACCUAGACUUGUCAAGACUAAGAAUGGUAAGAUUUACGUGGACACUAAGUUCUCUCGUCUUUUAGGCCGCCCACCUUUAAUGGUUCCAGGCAUGACCCCGACUACAGUGUCUCCAGACUUUGUUGCUGCUACUAUCAAUGCUGGUUACCAUAUCGAGAUUGCCGGUGGUGGCUACUUUUCGAAAUCUAUUAUGGAAGGAGCCCUUAAAGAAGUUGCAUCCCAGAUUAAGCCUGGCUCUGGGAUUGGCAUUAAUUUAAUCUAUGUUAAUCCGAGAAUGCUUCAGUGGGGUAUUCCUAUGAUCAAAGAGCUUCGUGAACAGGGCUUCCCUAUUCAGUCGUUGACAAUUGGUGCCGGUGUUCCUUCUUUGGAGGUGGCAUCUGAGUACAUCGAAACUUUGCACUUAACUCACUUAGGCCUCAAACCCGGCUCUGUUGAUGCUGUUGCUCAAUGUAUCACGAUUGCAAAGGCUUACCCUAACUUCCCCAUUGUUUUGCAAUGGACCGGUGGCCGUGGAGGUGGUCACCACUCUUUCGAAGACUUCCACCAGCCAAUGUUGCAGAUGUAUGGUAAGAUCAGACGUUGUUCCAACAUUGUUCUUGUUGCCGGUUCAGGUUUUGGAUCUGCUGACGAUACUUACCCUUACUUAACAGGCUCUUGGUCCAAGAGGUUCAACUACCCUGAGAUGCCAUUUGAUGGUGUCUUGUUCGGCUCUCGUGUAAUGACUGCCAAAGAGGCUCAUACUUCACCAGCUGCUAAAGAAGCUAUUGCUUCUUGCCCUGGUGUUCCAGACUCUGAGUGGGAGUCCACCUAUGUCAAACCGACUGGUGGCAUCUUAACUGUUAAGUCAGAGAUGGGCGAACCUAUUCACAAGAUUGCCACUCGUGCUGUUGUGUUUUGGAAGGAGAUGGAUGAUACCAUCUUCUCCCUUCCGAAACCGAAAAUGCUUGUUGCUCUGCAGAAACAGAAGUCUUAUAUCAUUGCUAAGUUGAACGCGGACUUCGAAAAGCCUUGGUUUGGCAGAAAUGACGAAGGUGUUUGUGAUUUGAAGGAUAUGACUUACGAAGAGAUAGCUAAGCGUUGCGUUGAGUUAAUGUAUGUUCGUUCGUCCAAACGUUGGAUUGAUCCUACUCUUAAAAAAUUUGUGGGCACCUUCCUUAGACGUGUUGAGGAGAGAUUUGCAGCUCAGACAGCUACGUCAGUAAUCCAAAACUUUUCCGAAUUAGAUAGUCCCGAAAAGGCUGUCGCUGCUGUUUUUGACAAGUAUUCACUGGCCCGUUCUCAGAUUAUCACGGCUGAGGAUUGUGAUUACUUCAUCAACAUGUGUUUGAAUCCUAUUCAGAAGCCGGUUCCAUUUGUUCCUAUCCUUGACGACAAGUUUGAGUUCUUUUUUAAGAAGGACUCACUCUGGCAAUCAGAGGAUUUGGAAGCUGUUGUUGAUGGCGAUGUUCAGAGAACUUGCAUUUUGCAAGGUCCUGUUGCCACCCAGUACACCAAGAAAGUGGACGAACCCAUCAAGGAGAUUCUGGAUAACAUUCAUUAUGGUCACAUUAAGCGCUUGCUAGAAGAUGAGUAUGAUGAUGAUGCUUCCAGAAUUCCAGUUGUUGAGUACUUUACGUGUGAAGAGGCCGUCAGUAUUCAAUCACUUGAAGGUGUUACCAUCGCCAAGAAUGGUAACGACACUACUUAUUCUAUAGGUCCUGUCGUUCCAGACGCUGAAAAGUGGUUUAAACUUAUUUCAGGCGACAAAUAUACUUGGCGUCACGCAUUUGUUUCUUCUAAGAUUGUUGUCCAGGAAUACAACCAUGUUAAGAAUCCAACUAGAAAUGUUCUCGCUCCGUCAAAGAACCUGAUCGUCAGGAUAUCUAACGUUAACACUCCAGAGGCUACUGUCAUAAGCGUUUGGGAACCUGUUAAGGGCAAGCACAGAGAGGUUGUUAAUGUUUCGAUUUCUGGUAAAAAGAUCACUCUGCGACUAAUCGAGUCAAGAACGUGCGACGGCAGACCAGUGGCUCUCAUGUUGUACUAUGAUUACGAUCCUUCUGACGGUUUUGCCCCUAUUCGUGAAGAAAUGAAAGGUCGUAACAACCAUAUAAAGGAGUUUUACUGGAAGGUGUGGUUUGGAUGCAAGUCGCCUGUUGACCUAGACUUCUCUGUCGAUGCUACUAUUGACGGUGGUUCCUCAACUAUAACGUCCAAGGACAUUGUUGAAUUGACACAUGCCGUUGGUAACUCUUGUGAGUACUUUGUUCCUAGGGCAGACCGUAUUCAACUUGCCCCAAUGGACUUUGCUAUCAUCAUCGGCUGGCGGGCGAUCAUGAAGGCUAUAUUCCCUAAGACUGUGGAUGGUGACAUUCUUAAGCUUGUUCACUUGUCUAACUCUUAUAGAAUGUUGUCCGGUGCCUCUCCUUUAAGAGCUGGUGAUAAAGUGUCAUCCGAUGCAAACAUUGUCUCUGUUGUUAAUGGUCCGACUGGAAAGACUGUCAAGGUUGUUGGCCAUAUUUAUAGAGAGGGUGUUGAGAUGAUGCAAGUGACUUCUGGUUUUUUCUAUCGUGGCCAGUACACUGACUUUGAGAACACUUUCAAAAAGACCGUGGAAACACCCGUUGAGGUUACGUUGGCCACCCAGAAGGAUGUUGCUGUUUUGAAGUCUAAGGAUUGGUUCCAUUGUGAUGAUGAUACCAGCUUGCUCGGAAAGGACCUUACUUUCAGACUCACCUCUCUUUAUAAGUUUCGUUCUGCAGACGUCUUCUCUUAUGUUUCUACAACAGGCGCUGUCUGCUAUGAACUUCCUACGAAGGAGAUUAAAAAAGUUGCCGAGGUUGAAUAUGAAGCUGGAGACUCAUUUGGUAACCCAGUUGUCAACUAUUUGUCCCGUAAUGGUAGGCCGAUUGAGCAGCCUCUUAUGUUUGAGAAUCACAUUCCAUUGGCUAAAGCAUUAUCUACAAAAUCUCCUGGCUCCAACGAGACAUAUGCUGCUGUCUCUGGUGAUUACAAUCCUAUUCAUGUUUCCAGAGUCUUCAGCUCUUAUGCUGGUCUUCCUGGUACUAUCACCCAUGGUAUGUUUUCUUCUGCCUCAAUCAGAUCGCUAGUGGAAAUGUAUGCUGCUGAUGGUGUUGCACCAAGAGUUCGUGCUUAUACUGCCAAUUUCAUUGGCAUGGUUUUACCUAAUGAUGAGUUGAGUACAUCAUUGGAACAUGUUGGUAUGAUUAAUGGACGUAAGAUCAUCAAAAUUGUGACCAAGAAGGUUGAAACAGACGAAGUUGUACUUUCUGGUGAAGCAGAAAUUGAUCAGCCUAUCACCACAUUUGUGUUUACAGGUCAGGGUUCUCAAGAACAAGGUAUGGGCAUGGAUUUAUAUAAGAAUUCUGAAGUCGCCCGGGGUGUCUGGGAUCUUGCUGAUAAGCAUCUCAUUGAUACUUACGGUUUUUCCAUUUUGGAUAUCGUCAGAAACAAUCCUCACGAGCUCACUAUUUACUUUGGAGGUCCGAAGGGACGCUCUGUCAGGGAGAACUAUAUUUCAAUGAUGUUCGAGUACGUUGAUGAGGAUGGCAAUCUGAAGUCUGAGAAAAUAUUUAAGAGUAUCGACGAGGACACCACGUCUUACACAUUCCGUUCUCCUACGGGUCUUUUGUCAGCUACUCAGUUCACUCAACCGGCCCUAACGUUAAUGGAGAAGGCCGCGUUUGAAGAUAUGAGAUCUAAGGGCUUGGUUCCAGAGAAGUGUAUGUUUGCUGGUCACUCCCUUGGAGAGUACUCUGCUCUUUCUGCUAUUGCAAAUGUUAUGCCUAUUGAGUCUCUUGUGGAUGUUGUCUUUUAUAGAGGUAUGACUAUGCAGGUUGCCGUUCCUAGAGAUAGUCUUGGAAGAUCUAACUAUGGUAUGAUUGCUAUGAACCCAAGACGUGUUUCUUCUAACUUCAGCGACUCAUCGUUAAGAUUUGUUGUGGAACAUAUCGCCAAGCAGACAGGCUGGUUAUUGGAAAUCGUGAACUACAAUGUGGAGAACCAACAGUAUGUUGCUGCUGGUGAUUUGAGAGCAUUGGACACUUUGACAAACACUUUGAAUAUUGUCAAGGUGCAAAAGAUUGAUGUGGACAAACUUUUAGAGCACAUGUCUGUGGAAAAGGUUGCUGAGCACUUAUCAGAGAUUGUUGAUAAGGUUUCCAAGGAUUCAUCGGCAAAGCCACAGCCAAUCGAACUCAAACGCGGCUUUUCUUGUAUUCCAUUAAGAGGUAUCUCUGUGCCUUUCCACUCGUCUUAUCUACGUUCGGGAGUCAAACCAUUCCAAGGAUUCCUUAACAAGAAAAUACCGAAGUCUGCUGUGAAGCCAGCAGAGUUGAUUGGAAGAUACAUUCCAAAUUUGACUGCCAGACCGUUCCAAAUAACCAAAGACUACUUUGAAUACGUUUAUCAACUCACACACUCUAACAAAAUAAAGAACAUUUUGGACAAUUGGGAGUCUUAUGAGUGUGCUUAA